AAACUUAGAAACUCUGAAAAUGGUAUUUUUCUUUUCUUAUGCUUGUCCAGGGAUUUGUAGCAUUUGUCUCUCAGAAGAACAAAAUCUUAAGUGGAAGGAAAUCUACAAAAGAUGGCCUGAAACAGGAGCCUCUGGCACCUCUGCAGAUAGCAUCUGAUGAGAGUCAAGACAUCAUUGCUUCUAUUCAGUGCAUCUUGGACAGAGAAAAUUCUUUUGUGAGGGAGGUGGACAGGUAUUUGAGGCACAGUGACUUCUUAAAUCUGAGAAAGAAGGAGAUGCUGUACAAGAAAUGGCUUGAGGAUGUUUCAGAGCCAUUGCUACAGAAAAUUGAGGACAAAAUGGACAGCCAGUCAAGUGAAGAAAUACGCAAAAGGAGGGAAGAACAACUGUCUCUCUACUUAAACCACUGUAAAAAGAAGGGCUAUGUGACUUUGGAGACUUACGACCCAUCAGAGUACGAUCCACUCUUCCUGAGGAUGCGCACAGACUGCUGGAAGGUUUCAGUUCCAGCUGUACAGGAUCCUCUGUUAGAAGGCAUUCAAAGAAGGUUUAUUGAGACAGGCAUUAUCAAGCAGUGUGAGACAGGAAAAACAUACUCUACCAGAGAGCUGAGCAAACUCAGUAGAGCAGAACUGCCUCUGCUUCCACUAAGCCGACAACGUAUGGAUGCAGUGGAGUGGCUGAAGAUACCAUACACCUACAUUGCUAGUGAUGUCUACAGAAAGAACAGGUCAGAGUUUUGCCUUGUUUUCCUGUGUACAGGCUGGUUGGACUGAAAAUGCAGUAGAGGUCAGUAAUGGUGAACUGGAGCUGUGAUGCAGAUG